AUGGCAUCAUUUUUAUUUAUAGCUGCAAAAAUUGCUCGACAGUCGCAGGUUCUGAUACAAGAUUUUAAUUCAUAUGUGAGGACACUGAUACUAAACAGGCCUCGAUAUUUGAAUGCUUUGUCCGGCGAAAUGCUCUCCCAGCUGCUUCAACUGUUCCUUGCCGAUGAGCAUGAUGCCAAAGUUAAACUGGUCAUUCUCAAAGGUAAUGGAAAAGCAUUUUCUGUGGGCGGAGACAUUGCUGAAGUAGCUCGUCUUCUCGAUAGUGGUGAUUGGAGGCUUGGUCUCAAAGCUACCGCAGAGGUCAGUAAAUUAAUUUACUUGAUAGCAACAUACAGUAAACCGCAGCUUUCGAUUGCCAAUGGCAUGGCCAUGGGACGAGGAGCUGCUCUUUACGUAUCCUCUAGAUUCCGUAUGGCAACCGAGAAUUCGAUUUUUUCUAUGCCAGAAACAGCUUUGGGAGCGGUUCCUGAAACAGGUGCCUCUUAUUUCCUUUCCAGACUUCCUAGAUUUUUUGGAGAAUAUCUUGCCCUAACUGGUGCCCAAUUGGACGGUUCCGAAAUGCUUGCUUGCGGUAUAGCUACUCAUUUCGUUCCUGCAGCCAAAUUGGUUCUGCUAGAACAAGAGCUACUUGCUUCCACAGGUGCUUUAACCUCAAGUUGUGAUGAUCUUGUAAGUUAUGUGUCAUCCAUUAUAAGCAACUACUCAAUCCAACCAGCUUUGAAAGAGAGAGGGAGUGCUUGGCACAAUAUGGAUGUUAUUGAAAAGUGCUUUUCAAAGAGCACGGUACAAGAAGUUGUAAGUGCCCUAGAGAAGGAGGCUACAGAUGAUAUCGAUGAUGGUCAUGUAAAUGGUGGUAAUAAUCCAUGGUUGACGUCCACAAUUGAAUCGCUUAAGAAGGCGUCGCCUAUUAGUUUGAAGAUUGCUUUGAGAUCUAUCAGAGAAGGAAGGUCGCAAGGACUGGGUGAGUGUCUGGUUCGAGAAUAUAGAAUAGCCUGUCGUAUUGCGAGGGGAGAAAUCAGCACAGAUUUCAGAGAGGGUUUGUCAGCUCUACUGGUCGACAGAGAUAGGAUCAAAAAGUGGGAGCCUUGUAAAUUGGAACUCGUAUCUGACCAGAUGGUUGAUCGGUAUUUCUCGAAGUUGGAAAAUGAUGAUGAAGAACUGAAAGAACUAGAGCUCCCUGCAAGAUCCAACUCUCCUGCCUUUGCCAAGCUCUGA